AUGCGCCUUUUCCGCAGAUGCAACACGGGUUGUUUGCUAACCGCGGUGCAGAAAGAACCUCUUCCAACCACGUUUUCUUGUCUGUUCUGCAACCAUGAGAACUGUGUAGUAGUGAAGCUUGAUAAGAAAUUGGGCCUGGGAAACCUGUCGUGUAAGAUAUGUGGCCAGCGUUUCCAGACGGGCAUUAAUUAUCUCUCCGCUGCCGUCGAUGUUUACUCGGAUUGGAUCGAUGCCUGUGAUGCGGUUGCUAAGCAUGCUGCCGGCAACGAUAUGGAGACUACCACACGCGGAGCAACUGAUGGAUCUCCGGGGCCUGUGAGACGCGGAGCUGACAGAGAUGAACUUGGCCAGGCUGAAGCUGGCCUCGAUGAUUAUUGA